AUGCGUUGGCCAGAUCAGCCAGGCACAUACGGCCACGCGAAACAUAGUCUUACCUUGGAGGAUGCAAGUGUGAAAAUAUCGUGGUUCGGUAGCAUAGCACCCCAAGCGCAUACCCUUCAGGCUGCUGCCGGGGGGGUCGGAAUACCGGUCUUGCAUUGGUUUGAGACGGUGGACGACAAGGAAGUGAUGAUAAUGGAUAUGGUGGGACCAACGUUGGAAGAGCUCUUCACAAAGUCGGGUCGUUAUUUUGGCAUGUGCGCCCUUCUUCUGUUUGCCGAGCAGAUGCUUGCACGUGUGGAAUUUAUCCACUCCAGGAACAUUUAUCAUGGGAGCUUGGAUCCGUGGUCUUUUGCCCUUGGCAGCUCCGGCUGGCAGUCACAACAAGCUCUCCUGGUGGAUUUCGACCCCCAGUACGCCCAAUCGGCCUCUGCACAGGAUGAUCUUUACGCCGUCGCAAAAAUAUUGGCCUACUUUUACGGCAACUGGAGCUCCUGGGAUGAAUACCAGCACAUGACCGGAUCGAAUAUUCCCCGGGAUACCGCUCCAGUCAUAUGCACUUUCCUGCACAAGGCGUCUGCCAGCAGGACCGUGGAUUAUUCAGCAUUACGAUCGGUCUUUCGCGAGGCCAAUUUGGACCUGGCCACUCAUCUUGCAAUAGGCCUGGAUUUGAAAGGGCCUAGAGCAAUCUGCGAAGGUUUUAAUCUUGAUCCCGGCGUCUUUUCGACGAUGGACACGAGAUCUCUCUUUGAAACCUUGAACCAGAAGCUUCUCGAGGCUGGAAAGCAGGUCGAAACGCUUCGAGGCAUUGCUACCCAGUCGGGAUAUCCACAGCUUCUUGUAUGCCUGGAUGAGAUCAUCACUAUCUACGGCGUCCUCAUUACCCGUGACCGUCCGUCAGUUCAAAAGGAAAGGCAAGCCAUGGGAGCAUACCAUCUACCGAAUCGCCUAUGGAGAGACCUACGGUGGUUCAUGAAGAGCACCGACCACGAAAGGAUCGAGAUCCGACUUGCACUGAUUGAGAAAAUAUACAAGUAUAUUGCGGUCCUAUACGAAGCAACCCCCUCAUAUCAAACUUUCUGGACAGGAUAUCUCCUGGCAUUGGCUCGUACCAGAAGGGAUGUCGAACCUGGGUCGGGGAAACCUGCCUGGACUCAAACCGUGUGUUACUGGCAGAACCUGUCCAACGUGUUGAGAGCUGGGGAUCGUCUCAAAGAGUGA